CCUCCCAAACUCUCUCAAACACCCAAAAGGCGGUUUACACCAUUUCAUAAAAUCUUGUCCUUUCAGAUCCCAUAUAAUUUCUUGGCCUUCCCGGAACGAAAUGUGUCCAUCGGGAACCGCCUCGGGCCGUCGUGAAACAACCGGAAAACCCAAUUUACGAUCAGCAUUCGAUGUUCUUGACGCUGAUAGCGACGGAAAGAUUAGCCACGACGAUCUCCGGGCCUUUUACGGAGGGUUUUCGGGCCCUGGGGAUUCCAAUGAGGAUGAUAUAAAGUCUAUCUCCCAAACUCUCUCAAACACCCAAAAGGCGCCACGACGAUCUCCGGGCCUUUUACGGAGGGUUUUCGGGCCCUGGGGGAUAUCCAUGGCGGAUUUUAACAAGGAUGGAUAUGUGGAAUAUGAAGAAUUUGAGAAGGUGUUGAAUGGGAAAAACGGUAGAAAUGGGAGAUGGGUUGUAAUGGAAGAUGCUUUUCGGGUUAUGGACAAAGAUGGAGAUGGGAAAGUGGGCCGUGAGGAUUUGAAAAGUUACCUUAAAUGGGCCGGGUUUGAGGCCCAUGAUGAAGAUGUUGAAGCCAUGAUCAGGUUGGCCGGUGGAGAUGAAAAUGAUGGGGUUACAUUUCAGGGUCUGCUCAAGGUUUUGGCUUUUUGAUUUUUCUCAACUGGGGCACAAUCAAGGCAGAACUUUUACUUGUUCAAAUAAGCAAUAAGGCGAAACAGGAUCGUCUGCAAGUGCAAGACAACCCUAGGCAAACAUUUUUGUCUAUUUAUUGUUUUUUAUUUAUAAUUGUUGAACAAUUUUCUUAAUUGUUGAGAUGAUUCUGUUCUGACCA